GCUGCCUGCAGAGUGAGAAAAACACAGCACAAAUGUUUUUCGACCUGUAAACAAACAAUGAAAGCACGAUUUUCACAAUAUUCUCCUGACGCAAAAUGAACGAAAUGAAAUAUGAAAUACACUAAGUGUGAUCUUUUCCCUAGCGCUCAACUCCCACACUGGUGACUCCAGUUACCCUCAGGCCAUUCUGGACCUGACAGUGCAUGAUGGCUCAAAUUAGGUCACUUCCGCUUUCUUCUAAAUAUGACUAGUUAUGGAAUCUUGAAAAUGUUGCCACAUACAACAUUAUAUUGAGAUGACUCAUGUGGCAGUUUAACUUUGUUUUAUUCUGCCAGUCUGCCACAACCCCCCACACAUCAUCUCCAAUCAGCCAUCGGGUCCUCCAGCAAGGACUGGAUGACUGUCUGCAGCAGUACAUCAAGAACUUUGAGCGUGAGAAGAUCAAUGGAGAGCAGCUCCUGCACAUCACCCACCAGGAGCUGGAGGAGCUGGGGGUGACUCGCAUCGGACACCAGGAGCUCAUCCUGGAGGCGGUGGACCUCCUCUGCGCUCUGAAUUAUGGUUUGGAGACAGAGAACCUCCGGACCCUGUCCCACAAGCUCAACGCCUCAGCCAAGAACCUGCAGAAUUUCAUCCUUGGUCGGCGCCGAGGGGGUCACUACGAUGGCCGGGCCUCACGCCGCCUUCCCAACGACUUCCUCACCUCAGUGGUGGACCUGAUCGGGGCAGCAAAGAACCUCCUGGCCUGGCUGGACAGGUCCCCAUUUGUUAGUGUGACUGAGUACUCCCUGCUCAAGAACAACAUUGUUCAGCUGUGUCUGGAGCUGACCACCAUUGUACAGCAGGACUGCACCGUGUAUGAGACGGAGAACAAGAUCCUCCAUGUGUGUAAGACUCUGUCAGGGAUAUGUGACCAUAUCAUCUCGCUGUCCUCAGACUCGCUGGUGUCUCAGUCAGCCCACCUGGAGGUGGUGCACCUGACCAACAUCAUGCCCAGCGAAGGCCUGGGGAUGUACAUCAAGUCCACGUACGACGGCCUGCACGUGAUCACAGGGACCACAGAAAACUCUCCUGCUGACCAGUGUAAGAAGAUCCACGCCGGGGACGAGGUGAUUCAGGUCAACCAUCAGACUGUGGUGGGCUGGCAGCUAAAGAACCUGGUGAAUGCCUUGCGGGAGGACCCCAACGGAGUCAUCCUCACCCUGAAGAAGAGGCCCCAGAACACUCUGACCUCCACACCUGCGCUGCUGAAGAACGUGCGCUGGAAACCCCUGGCCCUCCAGCCCAUGAAUACUGGUUCCACCAGCACCUCCACGACUCCCAGCAGCACCAUGGGCGUCUCGUCUCAGAUCGAAGGGUCCAACAUGCAGGACGUCUUCAUCCUGUCCCCCGUAUCAGGACUCUACGGACCCAGGGACGAGAUGGGCAUCAUGUCCUGUGAUGACAUCAGCAAGUACAGCAUGAGCAAGUCCAGCUCUAAAUGCUCAGAGUCGCUGAGCUACUACUUGGACCAGGAGAGCGGCAAGUUCUACUCCCUAAUGGAGGGGGAGGGUGUGCCCGUCGGGCCUGACUACGACAGGGGUCGCUCCACCGGCGUCCGUAGGCGAGAGAAGACCCCAACCCACGGCGACCUCAGGCCCGUGUCGAUGCCCGCGGAGUACAACUGGAUGGCUGAGGCAAAGGAGCCCAAUAUGUACAAGAGGGGCAGCCGAGACUCGGACACCUCACUGCUGCGUUACCUUAGCGACGACAAGAUCCUGGUGAUCCAGGAGGAGGUGGAGCCGGGGCGGGAUUGCAAACGCGACACCAGCCGCCGCUCGCGCAAGAAGAGCAAGACUCCCAGCAGCCCCAGCUUUCCCAUCAGCCCCUCCAUGCUGCCGCCCAAUGUGCGUUUGGAACCGCCCCCGCCUGAGGGGCUGCCUUUUCCGCUGUCCGAGAACAACACUAUGCCCUUCUACCACCAGCAGAGAGCUGGGGACACACUGCGAGUUGAAACAACAGAAAGGUACAGCGUCUCUGGGAUCGAGAGACAAACAGGGUCGUCUGUCAGAAAGACUUUUCACUACACCUCCUUAAGAACGAAAACCAAAAAGAGGACCAAAGGUUCUCUGACUAGCGGGAGUCGGCGGAGGAUCUCUUGUAAAGACCUUGGCCACGGCGACUGCGAGGGCUGGCUGUGGAAGAAGAAAGAUGCCAAAGGCUACUUCAUGCAGAAGUGGAAAAAGUACUGGUUCAUCCUGAAGGACUCGUGCCUCUACUGGUACACCAACCAGAAUGACGAGAAAGCGGAGGGAUUCAUCAGUCUCCCAGAGUUCAGAAUAGACAGAGCCAUCGAGUGCAGGCGGAAAUUUGCUUUCAAAGCCUGCCACCCUAAAAUCAAGAGUUUCUUCUUUGCCACGGACUGUUCGGAUGAAAUGAACAGGUGGAUGAACCGUCUGGGCCUUGCAGCCAUUGGCUACACACCCGAUGACAAGGUGCCCCGUCCAGAUGAAGACUACUGGAGUGAGAGUGACCAGGAUGAAAUGGACGGUUCCAUGACCUUAAAACAAGACGGACCAUCAUCGCUGUGUGACACCUACCAUCGCACUCCCUCGGUCACCUCCUCCACCAGCCCCUUCCCCGAACACCAGGGCCGCCACUUCUCCAGCGAGUCCAACUACUCGCACUCGUCCGCCGAGGACUCCUCCGGCUGCCGCUCCACGCACCGCGAGCGCCGCUCCUGGCAGGACCUCAUAGAGACGCCCCUCACCAGCUCCGGACUGCACUUCCUGCAGACGGUCCCCACCGGUGGCAGCGGCGGUAGCGGGGGAGAGGGCGAGGGCGGGGAUGGAUACGGGGGCAGGGGCGGGGUGCCGAGUCUGACGAUGUCGCCGGAGCGGCGGCGGCAAGCCACGUUGCCCGUGCGCCGGCACCACCACGUGGACCGCGACGGGCCGUUCCCAUUGGUGGAGAGCGAGAGCGACCGGGCCGGGGAGAAGCACGCGCACAGACGCGCGCACAAGCAGCGCAGCCAGAGCCUGCCGCGUAACCGCGAGCUGCGGCCGCCGCGCACACACACCUCUGCCAGCGCCACGCGGGCGCACGCGCACGACGAGAGGAGCGAGGAUGAGGACAGGCCCUCAAACACACACAGCGACGAUGGCAAAGAAGGUGUGCACACAUACGUUUCUGAAGAAUUAGAUUGUUAUGUUUGCACACCGAGAGAGGAGUGUGAUGGUAGCACGGCGCCAGACGGCCUGGAGGAGCUGUACCGCUCGCUGGAGCAGGCCAACCUCUCCGUCCUGGGCGACCUGCGGCCCACCACCAAACAGGAGUUCCGCCGCAUUUUCCUCAAGCGCUGCGAUGACCCUGUCGUCAACGACAAGCUGCACCACGUCCGAGCCCUCAACAGCACCCUUAAGGCUAAAGAGGGAGAGCUGGCCAUCAUCAACCAGCUGCUCGAGGACCCCAAACUCACCUCCAAGAAGCUGCGCGAGAUGAAGCAGUGGCACCACGAGCUGUUCCUAGACAUCUGCGAGUUUAGCUCGGGCAACAACGGGGCAGCCGACCUCUCGCCUCUCGCCGCCCCUCUGAUGACGCACACGCACUCCUUCAUCGAGACCCACGUGUAGUAUGGGUACCAUGGAGACGGGGGAGGGGCUAACCCCCUUGCCUCUCCCCUACCCUCCCAGCCAUAGCCUCUUAAGUUCACCUUUAAAACAGUUUCUUUCUCUUUCCCUUACACUCUUCUCUGUCUCUACUUUUUCUUUUCUUUCUGUUGCUCCACACCCAGCGUGACCGACCAACCAACCAACCACUGUAAGAAGUGUACAUACAGUACUGAGUCCCAGCAGCUCCAGUGUGCAUACUGUGGACCUCCACAGUCCGUAAAGCCCCAAAGGGUGCCUGAUGCAUGCCUGAAGAGAAAGUAGUAUUCUUCCUCUUUUUUUUUUUUUGUCUUAGUUUGUCGAACUCAGUAUAAAUCUAGCUCAGUUGCGACCUUGAUCAUAAUGAAAAUGUAUUUUUCUUUUGAUUUCUUUAGGUUGUUUGGCAUGUGGGAGGUUUGAGGCUGACUUAUUUAUUUAUUCAUCUGUUUUAUUUUUUUCCAGAUGGGGUGGGGUGGGGUGGGGGUGGGGGUUGGAUAUAGUAGCAAUACAGAAGUAAAGCAUUUCUGCCACAACACUGUACUUUUGUACGGAGCUGGAUUCCCAGCUCCCUCUCCCUCCAGUAUACUCUCCUUCCUUGCCUGCUCCUCUGACAGUGAACUCUCCCCAAGGACUCCUCUGCUGAAUCCAAAAUGAGUCUGGGUGUGAAUCCUUCCAAACUUCUCACUGGAAGCCCCUGGACGCAGGCAACCGCCCUGCGCAUCAGUCAGCGUGGAGAAGAGAGAAAGACCUUAACGAUUGCUUACUGUAGAAGUAGCCACUGUCAAAAAAGUCCACAGACACAACAAAAACUGUGACGUAUUCUUGUGAAUGCAAUCUUUUUUGCGAUUCUGUGUAUGUGUGCAGAAUCGGAGAGAGAUUCUUUCGUUCGUUUGUUGUUUUAGUUUGUUUAUAGAAAAGUAGAAAAAUUUGAAAACAAAUACUUAGAAAAAAAGAGAAGUAAAAAGAAAACAGAGAACUUAAAAAUAGUACAGCUUUUUUUGGCUUGAGAGGUUACCUGUUGCUUUAAAGUGCAGACGAACUUCGGUCAUGGACUGCGGGUCGAGACAGGAACGCUCCCGGGCGGUCCCAACCUUUCUCUCCACCACCUAGGUUUGUUUCUUCUGUCUGAAACAGAGUUCUCAACACCAUCAUGUCGUUGGAGACUGACACACCUAUCGGUAUUUGUGUUUUCAUCAGCAGAAGCUCAGAGAUUAUUCCAGUGUGCGGUAGCCAGUGUUGGAUAACAUAGUAGCAUGUUAGCUGGUACAUGCGGUAAGGAAGAGCGACAAAUGUCUUGCUGCAUCUUGCUAUAGAGGACAGGACAGGAUGCACUUGAAGAAUGCACUUUCUAUAUAACUGUCACUCUGUCACAGGGUCUGUCUUUACACGGCCAAACUCUGACUGCUAAACAAUCUAAAGAUACCUAUACUAGCUUAUUUACCAGAGAUUCAAUGUAAGAGUCGUGUACAGUCUAUCAGAAGAGAAAAUAUAUAAAGAAUGCAUCAAAUUUUAUUUAUGUAACAUAUGUAAGUAUACAGACUAUGAACAUGAUCUACUAUAUACCAGUGUUAUGCAGAGUGCCCAAAUUAAUCAAAAUAGAUAAGUGCAGAUGACUGUAAAUUAGACUGAUUAUAAAGUUGUUGCCAAGAAGAAAGCCUAUUGGAUGCAAAUACCAUGAAGCAAAUGUAGCACAUAACUGUAGAGGAAGGGAGUUCUGUUGAGUCGUACACUUUUACAUAAAAAGGGAAAGGCCAAGGUUGUGUUUUUAAUGAACCAUAAUGUCUGAUCUUUUAGGGGUGUGAGUAUUGAAAUGAUGUGAGUCUAGUUAAUUAGACAUUCAGAGGUCCAGCCGUUACUGUAAGCAUGAUACGUUCGGUAUUAAUAAGGGUUUGCACUGAUCCAGGAGAACAACACAGUAAAAUUCCACUUUUCUGCAGUGGACAUCAGAAGGACGUUCUGGUUUCUUUGACGCUGGCCAUUGUGUGAGACUGCUUGAGACCUGUUUUGUGAGAGUAAACACAGACAGAGGCGUAAGAAGGUGCCACGCAGCCUAUGCCAACUGGAAAAGGGUGGCAUCCUCCCGUGUGAAUAUCGCCAACUAGGCAUGAAACCUUUGCUGUGUUAUUUAUUUUUUAUUUUUCUGGGUUUAACUAAUCCAUUGCCACGGACAACUGAGAGAGAGAGAGAGAGAUGAUGAUGAUCGUAAAGCGUACAGUAGCCUACACACUUCAGCAACGAGAAAAAGUUGAACCACUGAUUUAUUCGUUUUUGGGCGUUCUCAUUUUUUUAAAGAAAGCACAUCUCUAUGUGUCGUUGUGUUACCGCACCACUUGUCUUUAAUGACCUGUUCAAGUUCUCCUCAGGCUUCAGGUUAAUCUGCAACAAAAUGUAUUUCUGGAUAUACGAUCUAUCACUGCUGCCUCGGUCUGCACACCUCUUCCUCAUCAAUACCGUAGUUUACUGCUCUGUCUGUUUUACUUUAAACCGAGUUACUCUGAGCUUCUGAUCUGGCGGUAGAAAUUAUGUGGAUUGUAACAUUGCGUUUAGGACACAGGCCGCCAUGCUCUUGUUUCUCUCCAACUUUCCGAAUGGGAUUCCACUGUGUGUUUUUCAGAGGUCGUGACCUCUUGGUACACUGCACAGAUGUGUAAGAUGUAAGUUGCACUGCGACAUUAAAAAAAGGAACAUAUUGCUCUUUUUCAAGGAUAUUACUAUAGCUAACUGUUAUACUGUACAUUAACUGAAGAGAAGAUAUACAGAAAAAAAACAGAAAAAAGAAAGUGACAUUUAUUCUUCGUAGCCUUUUUUGGUUUCAUAUACAGUAAACAAAUAUUAUAUAUCUAUAUAAUAAAUACUGAUUGUAAACCUCAGUUGUAAGACUUCAAUAAAUGAAAUUUCUCUGCA